AUCGAAACCAAAGUUUCCAGACUGAACUUCCACUGCAAUCCACGGUCGGUCAUGAAAAUAGUUGUAUUUAUUUUUAUAGUCUGAAUUUGAAGAUCUGCAUUACUAUAUAGCAUGUAGGAUUAAGUAAGCAGCCUAACGUACAUGUCACCUUAUUUGGAAAGGACCUGUAGGCCUACUCUGUCAGUUGGGAGUAAGUGGAGCUGAAUGCAGUUUGUUUUUGUGCCUAUGGGUGAAACAGCUGUGUAAAAGUGAAAAUAAGGUGAACAGAGAUGGGGGACAAGCAACAAGACUCAGUGGAAAGGUAAGUGACAAGCCACAUAGGCUCUGUCGGUGGGGGCACGGUGUUACAACACCUGGUUUGUGGUGGGUUUGAUUCCUGCACGAGCCACAUACAGUACUGAAUAGUGUUAGCGAUCGCUUUGGAUAAAAGAAAGCAUCUACUAAAUCAGUGGCCAUAUUAUUAUAGGUGUCUGGCAUUUUGUAAAGUCAGUUUAUUUUCCCAUUCAUAAUUGAUUAACUAACACCUCUCUUGUGAUCCUCUUAUGACACCUACAUAAACAGGCCAGCAGAUGGCAAUAAGAACCAGACGAGUGACUCCUUCCAACAGGUUACAGCCCCUGGAAAUUCCAAGGAGAGAAAGAAGAAGAGAGGAAAGAAAAAGAGGAGUGCCGAGAAGAUGGAGGACAAGGAGGGAGAGAUGGGCAAAUCUGCCCCAUUGCUGUCUGUCCUGGUUCAACCACAAUCAGAGAAACCUAACCCAGCCCAAUCCCCAUCAGUGCAACCUGACCCACCCUUAGGGCAAUCUAAUCGAGAGAAACCCAAACCAGAGCAACCCAAACCAGCACAACGUAACCCUGCCCAACCACCUACAGGGCAUCAAAACCCAGCCACGCUCCCUUCAGUGCUACCCAGUCAAGCCCAACCAGAGCAACCCAAUCCAGUGCACCCUAACCUAGCCCAACCACCAAUAGACCAUCUUCCCCUAACCCAGUCAAAGGACCAGCCGCCUCAAGCCCAACCACACCCAGAUCAGGGUCCUCCAACCCGGUUAUCCACAGAUCAGUCAUCUCCACAGCAGUCUUCACCAGAUCAGCCAGAUCAGUCAUCUCCACAACAGUCAUCACCAGAUCAGCCAGAUCAGUCAUCUCCACAGUCAUCACAGUCAUCUCUAGACGAGGACAAACAUAAGAAAAAGGGAGACCCAAACAAACUCACCCUUCUGACCUGGAACAUAGACGGCCUGGACCUGGACGAUAUCAAGGAACGUCUCUCAAGGCUACUGGACUACCUGAUCGAGUGAGUCACAUCAACACACAACACAUUUCGUCAUAUAGUCAUUAGGGUGAGAAGUUGUGUGUCAUUCCCAUAACCCACCCUCCCACUGAGUGGAGAGAAGCUGUGACCAAUCGGAGGGAGACAGUCGUCACAGUUAAUACGAUUUUGGCCUAUUGCUUUUGAAGUCUGUCCUAGAUUCAUCUUCUGCACAAUUUUCUCAUUCACUUUUGUCACGGAGUAAAUGCUUUUUACCCUCCCUUUUAAAACUGCACAUAUGAACCUUUAUUAUCCAUCAAAAACAAUGUUAUUUUUUUCAUGAACUGCCUGGUCAAGUCACAGAACAAAAUGAUAUGUUUACGAGUCAUUAAACAACAUCUUAGGCAGUGAAAGGUGUUGAUUUCUCAUGUUCUUUCUCCCUUGAAGGUACCAUCCUGACAUUGUGCUACUGCAAGAGGUUAUUUCACCAAUUUACCAAGUUUUACAGCAGGUUCUGAAGCCAUAUCAUGUGUUGCCGGGUAAGCAAUAACAUUAUAAAAACCUUUUCAGUCAUUAUCCUUGGGCUCCCGAGUGGCGCAGCGGUCUAAGGUACUGCAUCUCAGUGCUUGAGGUGUCACUACAGACCCCCUGGUUCGAUUCCAGGCUGUAUCACAACCGGCCGUGAUUGGGAGUCCCAUAGGGCGGCGCACAAGUUGUCCAGGUUUGGCCGGUGUAGGCCGUCAUUGUAAAUAAGAAUUUGUUCUUAACUGACUUGCCUAGUUAAAUAAAGGUAAAAUACAUUUAUUUUUUACAAAGUCUUGUAUUUUGAGAGCAUUUCUAGCUUUUCUUUGGCCUGAUUUUUUACAUCUAAAUAAAAUAAAAUAUUUAUCCGGGUGGGUCGCAGCACACAUCCGUUUUUCUUUAAUAAUAUUUUUUUAAAUAAUCUAUCUCUCAGUAUGACAUCAAAGCUAUUGUGGAUUAUAUGACUGUAAUUAUGUACUUAUAUGACUGUGUUUAUGGUUAGCCUUCCUGUGUUAUGUUGAUAUGGUCCAUCCCAGGUAGUGACAGAAGCUAUUUCACUGCCAUACUGCUGAGGAAGUCCAGAGUUCAACUUCUAGAGAGUAGCAUAGUGAAUUACCCUGCCACAAAGAUGAGGAGAAACCUGCUUAUGGCCUAUGUAAGAACACUCUCUGUACCUUGCUUUAUCUUUUCCUGUCGUCUCUCAUUCCAUCAAAUUUCAUUAAGUAAUAGAAAAUGUGCACAGAUAUUCAAGUUACACAUGCAGAUCUCAAGUUACACAUGCAGAUCUCAAGUUACACAUGCAGAUCUCAAGUUACGAUUCUGCCCUUACUCAGUGUCUCUCUGCUGUCUCUGGCGUGGACCAGGUUUCUUUCCUUGGCCAUCCACUGUGUGUGAUGACGUCCCACAUGGAGAGCAUGAAGCCCCAAUCCCUGGAACGCCAGAACCAGCUGAGAACGGUGUGGAAGACAAUGAGCGAGCAGCCCCAGGACCACAACGUCAUCUUUGGGGGAGACACCAACCUCAGGGACUGGGAGGUGAGACAGGGAGAGAGGGAGCGAUGUGUUUGACAUGUACAUCGUGUGUAUGUCUGCAAUGUGUCUGUGUAUGUUUCCAGGUGAAGAACCAGGGUGGUCUACCUGAGGGCAUCUGUGACGUAUGGGAGUCCCUGGGCCAGCCGGAGGACUGCCGGUACACCUGGGACUGUGUCACCAAUGACAACAAGGACCUCCCUUUCCCUGCACGCCUGCGCUUCGACCGCCUCUUCCUGAGGCAGGCCGGCAAGGGGUCAAAGAUCAGCCCAGAUGGCAUGACCCUGGUGGGCCUGGAGAGGUUGGAUGACUGUCAACGCUUUACCAGCGACCACUGGGGUCUCCUUUGCACCUUCGUCAUGAAACCUCUCAGUCAAGCAACACCUGAAUGAUACAAAGGGAACUGUUAGCUGUCCAUGUCAUGUCAGCGCUAGUCAACCUGGAACAGCAUAGAAAUCUUUGCCCAUCUUCUUUAUGUACAUUGGGAGAUUUCGAGAUUUAGACCUUGGAACGAACAGGAUUAUGGGCACAGCAAUAGUGAUUAUUGACUUCAAUUUCUAUGUUUGGCAACUGCUGGUGUCCCAAGGCACACUUUUCAUUUAUCCAGCCACAUAUUUGUCUCCGCCAACAGGUUAUGUACCCCAUUCAAGGGCACAUUCAUACAGUCUCUGGACUUGGAAGCAGAAACUAAAUUGGCUACCCUCCAGGGUACAG